GACAAGGACGGUCUCCGACCAGAGCGAGGUCCCCAGGCCCAGCCAGCUGCUUCGUGGCAGCCACUUGCGGCCAUGGAGCUGAGGUCGCGGCGCCGCAGGAUGUCAGAAUGCCCAACAGAGCAGUGUCCCCCAGCGCUGCCGGAGGAGCAGGCAAGAUCCUCCUGUGCUCCUCCCAAGCGCAAAAGGAGAUGUCCCGUCUCCAAGGAGAGAGUGUGCGGGCUGUGCCGGCAGGACAACUGUGAUGCCGACAUGGUUGGCCAGCUGUGCCAAAAGGGUGGGCUCUGCGUCCACGAGAACUGCCUGUACCACGCCAGCGGGCUGAUGCAGAGAGGGGCCAACGAAGAGGGUUUCUACGGCUUCCUCUUCCCCGAUAUCCGCCAGGAGCUGAAGCGGGUGGCACAGAAAAGGUGCCACAUCUGCCAGCUGCCGGGCGCCUCGGUCACCUGCCGGGCCCGGCGCUGCCGGGGCCGGCGCUGCCGCCGCAUCUUCCACUUCCCCUGCGGCAGCAAGCGGGGCUGCGUCUCCCAGUUCUUCGGGGAGUUCAGGUCUUUUUGCUGGAAGCACCGGCCGGUGCAGCGGGUGCGGGCGGUGCAGCAGGACCAGACCCUCUGCCUCAUCUGCCAGGAGGGGGUGGCGGAGCGGCCCUGCUACGACACCCUGGUGUGUCCCGCCUGCGCCAGCGCCUGGUUCCACCGCGGCUGCAUCCAGGGACAGGCACUGCGCUCCGGCUUUCACCACUUUUGCUGCCCGCUGUGCCGCAACAGGGAGCAAUUCCUGGAAGAGAUGUUUCGCCUGGGCAUCCGGAUCCCUGACAGGGAUGCUGCCUGGGAGGAGGAGGAUGGGACCCACCAGCUCUGCUCUGCCCUGGGGGAAGAUGAUGCCGUCUCCUGGGACUGCAGCGACUGCAGAGGCAUGGACGCUGGAGAGGGGUGCAGCGGGGCGACAGAGUCCCCAGUGUCACCUGCCACCACAGCCACGCAGGACGUGGGGACAUGGACAGGGCUGUGAUCCGGGGAGAGAAGGAGGGAGGAAGAGUGAGGUGGGCUUGCACAAGGUGCUCAUCAUCUCCCUCCCUUGACACCGGACCAGACUCCAGCCCCUCCAGUGCAGGGAACCUUGCGCAGCACCCAGCAUCCCGACACUUCACCUGAGGCUGACUAGUCCAGGGCCCUCAAAAAAGACUUCCCAACACUCAACAGAUGCCAUCGGUGCAUACGUACGGUCAGUCAGCCCUGCCCACAGCCACCAGGGUCCCUGUCCUGCGGGCUCUCAUCGCAUCCAUCUACACCACCAGCAGCAGCUGCACCCAGCCAGGGGUGAUCCUGGUCACCAAGAAGAAGAAGGAGCUGUGCGCAGACCCCCAGGCGCCCUGGGUGAAGGCACAUCUCAAGCACUUCCAGCCUCAGAAUAACUGACCGUUCCCCGUGGCCAACCACGAUGGCCCCGCUGCUUCCCCUGGCGAGCCUGGCGCCCAGCCCCGGGCACACAAGACAGGACUUCAGCUGCAACCUUCUUCAGCAGGAAAAUGUAUUCUAUUUAACUUAUUUAAGUUAAAUUAAAUAUUUUUUACUAAGAAAAAGGAAAGUACAAAAAUAAUUUAAACUAUAUCAAAAUAAUUUAAACUAAACUAAUUUAAACUAUAUAAAUGUGUCUGUAAAUGGAGUGUCAGAAGUCUUGAUGCCUAAAUAAACUGUUUGUGCUAUCAA